CCCCCUCACCUCCCGAGGUUUCCUUCCCACAAUCCUCUCCCCCGUCGCUGCCUCCAUUCCUUCUCUUCUCUUCUCUUCUCUUCUCUUUGGCACAUACCACAAAUGGUGUUAUCAAAGAGUGGCUACGGAUUCUUCAAGUUCAGAGCCUCACACUCUCAGAACUCCUUCAUUCCUCACCAUCUCUAAACUUUGGACGUUCCCAUAACAGGCCAAAAAGCCCCCAUCUAGCCCGCCACCACAGCCACCAACCCAAAAUCCUCUGGAAAAUUCUCCUGAGGGGACAGAUAAGAGGAGGAAAAGAUCUGCACACCCUCGUCCAUCCAAGUCUCCUGCUCCACCCUCUUGUGGUUUACAUCAAUGAUCGGAAGCUUCUUCGACUUCUCAAGUGCGGCGGUCGUCGAGAUGGCUUGGAUCAUGCUGAGAAUCGACUACUCGAGGCUGUUCUGGCUCCUCUUCGGCGUCUUCUCCUACGAGAACCAUGAAGGGAAGCCUCGGAUUUAGCAAAGCUUCUGCCGCAGAACUCGACACUCACCCGAUAGGCGAUCCGACCACUCGGGAAGCUGCCUUUGGUUUUUGUUUCUUGGUUUCUUCUAAGCUGCAAGAGUUUUGAUAGGCUAACAUGUAUGAGUCCCGGCUGGGGGAGCGGGCCGCCGAGUGGGGUGGGUACGUCGAGAUCGAUCCCGCCGGUCGGUAUGGACGUUUUGAUGAGGUACUUGGAAAAGGAGCCAUGAAGACAGUCUACAGAGCAUUUGAUGAGCGAAAUGGGAUGGAGGUGGCAUGGAACCAGGCCAAGCUCUGCGACGUGCUGCGAUCACCGGACGCACUGCAGCGCAUGUACUCCGAGGUCCACAUACUCAGCACCCUCCACCAUGAGUCCAUCAUCAGUUACCACACCUCCUGGAUCGAUGUCGGAAAGAGGACCUUCAACUUCAUCACUGAGAUGUUCACCUCCGGCGCCCUCCGAGAGUACCGGCAGAGAUAUCGACGAGUUGACAUUAGAGCCAUCAAGAACUGGGCCUGCCAGAUCCUGCAUGGGCUUGUAUAUUUGCAUGGCCAUGAUCCUCCGGUGAUACACAGAGACCUUAAGUGUGACAACAUCUUUGUUAAUGGCCAUCUCGGGCAGGUCAAGAUCGGCGAUCUCGGGUUAGCAGCCGUGCUCCGAGGGUCCCAAUCUGCGCACAGUGUUAUAGGGACGCCCGAGUUCAUGGCACCGGAGCUCUACGAAGAGGAUUACAACGAGCUCGUCGACAUAUACUCCUUCGGCAUGUGCGUGCUCGAAAUGCUUACCUCCGAGUACCCCUACAGCGAGUGCUCCAACCCUGCCCAAAUCUAUAAGAAAGUCACUUCGGGCAAGCUCCCCGAUGCAUUCCAUCGGAUCCAAGAUCCUGAGGCCCGGCGUUUCCUUGGUAGGUGUCUAGAAACCGCAUCGAGGCGGCCAUCGGCCAAGGAGCUGCUUCUCGAUCCCUUCCUCGCAUCCGACGACCAUCACAAUCCUGUUCCACUUCAGAAAUAUGCCUCAAGAAUCAAGGUUAUUAAGGACGCCCCAGAGAUCUACAACCUGAAGCCCACGAAGAAGAGGACCGACAUGACCAUUACCGGGAAGUUGAAUCCAGAAGAUGAUACCAUCUUCCUCAAAGUUCAGAUAGCUGAUAAAGAAGGUCACGUAAGGAACAUAUAUUUUCCUUUCGAUAUCGUGAUCGACACACCGAGUGAUGUGGCCAACGAGAUGGUGAAGGAGUUGGAGAUAACCGAUCGGGAGCCGUCAGAGAUAGCGGAGAUGAUAGCUCAGGAGAUCUCGGUUUUAGUGCCGGGUUGGAAUGAAGGAGAUGUACCUGAGAACAGCAACAGCCAUCAUGUGUACAGCUUUGGGGACGAUGAGGAGGAUGGAUGCAAUCACCCUUUCUGCUAUCUAUCCUCCCCUACUUCCUCCCAGGGAUCAUUGUUUGGGACGAGGCCUUCUCAAGGGUGGUCUCAUCAGCAGCGCCAGUCUCACCAAGAAGACUGGUUUGGAGAUGAUCUAUACUCUGACGAUGACGACAAGAGCUCCAUGCACUCUGAUAAGUAUUCUGCUGCGAACUACACCUCAGAUAACGAACUAGAAGGCGAGGCAAGCUGUCAUCGAAGAGAAACUCAGCCCAUCCACCACAAGUCAACAAGGUUUUGUACCAGAGAAAGCCCUCCAGUGGAUGCCUCUCUAGCUAGCAAAUUCCACAGGCAAUGUAAUGAAAUAUUGUCGGAAUCCUCAAGAGCUUCCAGCUCUCGUGCAGGCAAGAGGGCAGUCGAUGGCUGUUGUAUGAUGAGGAAUUAUUCGAUGGUUGACAUACGAAGCCAACUACUGCAACGAACGUUCGUGGAGGAGGUGAACAAACGGCUAUUUAAGACCGUCGGAGCAUUCCAAAACAUAGGCUUCAAGGAUCCAACAGAAGGCUCCCGUAAUAUUUCAUCAUCUUCGAAAAGAGAUCACAGGAAACAAAAGGUAGGCCAUACAUGGGUAAGGAGUUAAAAACUCUUUGUUGAGGACGGCCUGUUGGCUCAGCUUGUGAUGAUAUGGUUUCAUGAUAUUUGGAGUUGACACCUGAGGUGAUACUAAUAAGUCUCUAGUGUGCUAGUGAUGAAAAUCUAGCAGCAAGCACGUUUCUGGUGCUUGAACAAAUAAUUGCUUUUUAGUCGAGCAAAAUGCUUGUUACGUGGAUCACCAUUGGAUAAGAGAAUGCAUGUCUCUUCUAGCAA